UCCCCGUCUGUGUCGCUCGCUCUGCAGCCUCUCUCUCUCUCACACACACACUCUCUCACUCUCAUACACCGUCACCCUCCUUCACAGUCUCAUUCCUCCACACCGCUGCAGACAUGGCUGAAGCUUUCGUUGGCACAUGGAACCUCAAGACGAGCGAGAAAUUUGAUGAUUACAUGAAGGAGCUGGGCGUGAGCUAUCCCGUCCGUAAGUUGGGCGGCAUAACCAAACCCACCACUAUCAUCUCAGUGGAGGGCGACACGGUGACAGUGAAGACCCAGAGCACCGUCAAGAACACAGAGCUCUCCUUCAAGCUGGGAGAGGAAUUUGACGAGACCACCGCCGAUGACAGGAAGGUCAAGUCCAUUGUAACAAUAGAGGAGGGAAAGAUGGUGCACAUACAGAAGUGGGACGGCAAAGAGACCAGCCUGGUCAGGGAAGUCGAUGGCAACGCCCUCACACUGACACUCACACUCGGAGAAGUCGUCUGCAAACGUCACUAUGAGAAGGCAUAGUAAGCUCCAACACUGAAACCUCCCUCCGGCAUCAACGUGCAUCAGCUAAAUCCAAGCAACCCACCUCAACUCAGGCCAUGCAAACCCUGCAUAUGGCUGCUGCCCCUCGAUCCCCAUUAUCGUCCCUUUAUACUGUACACACAGUGUUAACAUUACUGAUGACUGUGACCUCCCUUUUCUCCCCGUCCUUCUCUUUAUACUGUUCCCUCUAUUGUUUGAAACACUGAAUAAAUUCCAAUGAUUUGUUCUUGUAUUUUUUUCUCAAAAUUGCAGUUCUGCAUAUGUUUUUUUUUUUUGUUUUGUUUGUUUUUUUAGAAAACGUGUUAUGCAUGGUGCCUAGGACAAACCUGGAAAAGUGUUUGAAUUUAAAAGUUUGCCUAUUGAAACCUGGAAAAAUGAAAAUAAAAGUGUCUACACUGUUAGACAAAGUGGUGAAACAGUGGAA